AUGGUGGUCCAGCUUCAAUCAUCAUCAUCAUCAUCAUCAUCAUCAUCAUCAUCAUCAUCAUCAUCAUCAUCAUCAUCAUCAUCAUCAUCAUCAUCAUCAUCAUCAUCAUCAUCAUCAUCAUCAUCAUCAUCAUCAUCAUCAUCAUCAUCAUCAUCAUCAUCAUCAUCAUCAUCAUCAUCAUCAUCAUCAUCAUCAUCAUCAUCAUCAUCAUCAUCAUCAUCAUCAUCAUCAUCAUCAUCAUCAUCAUCAUCAUCAUCAUCAUCAUCAUCAUCAUCAUCAUCAUCAUCAUCAUCAUCAUCAUCAUCAUCAUCAUCAUCAUCAUCAUCAUCAUCAUCAUCAUCAUCAUCAUCAUCAUCAUCAUCAUCAUCAUCAUCAUCAUCAUCAUCAUCAUCAUCAUCAUCAUCAUCAUCAUCAUCAUCAUCAUCAUCAUCAUCAUCAUCAUCAUCAUCAUCAUCAUCAUCAUCAUCAUCAUCAUCAUCAUCAUCAUCAUCAUCAUCAUCAUCAUCAUCAUCAUCAUCAUCAUCAUCAUCAUCAUCAUCAUCAUCAUCAUCAUCAUCAUCAUCAUCAUCAUCAUCAUCAUCAUCAUCAUCAUCAUCAUCAUCAUCAUCAUCAUCAUCAUCAUCAUCAUCAUCAUCAUCAUCAUCAUCAUCAUCAUCAUCAUCAUCAUCAUCAUCAUCAUCAUCAUCAUCAUCAUCAUCAUCAUCAUCAUCAUCAUCAUCAUCAUCAUCAUCAUCAUCAUCAUCAUCAUCAUCAUCAUCAUCAUCAUCAUCAUCAUCAUCAUCAUCAUCAUCAUCAUCAUCAUCAUCAUCAUCAUCAUCAUCAUCAUCAUCAUCAAAUUAA